AUGCUCAUGCUGGAUUUGGUGCCUCGUGGCAUCGAUAAUGGUCAUGUGUCAAUAUUUAAGCGCCCACAAACCUCAUUACUCGAUUCUGCAUUGAACUACAUUCAAGACCAUUCAUUCAUGCAUCCCACAAACGCAGAAAUUCAGGAGCGACCUCCACCAGUCCCCGAUUCUUUGUACAACCUGGAUCUUGUCUCUUUCAGGGUCGAAAAUACAGUCUUCCGAGUUCCCAAGCAGGCCUUUGAUCUGGAGGAAACAAUUUUCAAAGACAUGUUUGCAUUGCCGGCUCCAGUGUCUGAGAUCCAGGAGGGAUCUAGUAACGAAUAUCCAAUUUACUUGGAGGGCAUUGAGGCAGACGACUUUCGUUCAUUUCUCCGAGUUCUCUGCCCCCUAGGGCAGCCACCUGUGACGGAAUUGAAAGUGUGGAUCGGAGCCUUGGCUCUGGCAACCCUUUGGCAUUUUACGGAGGUACGCGCCGAGGCCAUCGAAGCAAUAUCACAGAAAAUGAAGGGAAUGGGUGUUCUGCAGAGGAUACACCUUGGCCGCAAGUGCAACUCCGAGAAAUGGGUUCAAGACGCUUACAUUGAACUCUUGAAUAAGCAGACGCUCAUGCUAGACGAGCUAUCUGGCCCAUCGUUGGAAUACAGUCUGGAUUGGCCCACGAUAGCGAAGAUAUUCUAUAUUCGGGAUAACAGGGACUUCUUCAAUCUACCACUACCACCACCUGUAGAAGAUUCUGCCAGAGAGCCGAACUCAUAUUGGGGUACCUGGGACGAGCCAUGUACCCCCCGUAAGAUAAAGAAAUCAAAACAUUCCGCCAUCAAUGUUAUCGAUCCCAAAGUUGCUGUUAUAAACAUAAUUUUCGCAGAAGAGUUCAAGGAUAUACAGCAGAAAGCUGUAGGAUAG